UCUCCGUUUCCAUCUCGCCUCGUCUUCGUCCCAUAUACCCCAACCCACGCACAGCCACGGAGCUCCGCAUCGACAGCGCGAAAUCUCUAGCCUCUUCCCAGCGCCCGAUCUCCUCCCCGCGCGCGCCUAGGGUUUGUGUUUCGAGACUCCCUCCUCCCGUCGUCCUCCUGCCGCAGCCGCAUCUGCUCGCCAUGAGGGUCCACCCGGCCCCGCGGAAGCGCACCAUCGCCGUGCAGCGCUGCGCCGCGGCCGCCCUAAGCGCAGUGGGCGGCGCCAAGAAGCUGCGGCGCCUCCCGCACAUCUUCGCGAAGGUGCUCGAGCUCCCUUUCGGCGCCGACGCCGACGUCGCCGUCGAGGAGGACGCAGCGGAGCUCCGCUUCGUCGCCGCCACGGAAGGCUUCUCCCCAGGCGGCGCCUGCGCCCACGCCCUCGAGAUCCACCCUGGUGUCACCAAGGUUGUCGUGCGGGACCUGUCCACCGGCAUCGGCGCCGAUGACCGCGCCGCUACCUUCGAGCUCGAUCGGUGGCGGUUCCGUCUCCCGCCUUGCACGCGCCCCACCAUGGCCACAGCCACCUACGCCGAGGGCGAGCUCAUCGUCACCGUGCCCAAAGGUGCCGUUCCUGACGAGGGCGAUGGCAACGGUGGCGGAGCCGCCAUUCUUGGAGGCUCUGGGGCCGAGAGGGUCCUCGUGUUUGUACAGUAACUUUAUGCCGUAACACCACUUCUGCUCACCCGCAUCGUUUUUAAUAUUUAUGUUGUGAGAUAAUCAUAUAUUCAUAUGGUAAAUUGGUAACAACAGUGCAGUAAGAAUAAGAAAUAAUGUAUAUGGAUCACUGUUUGCUGUGAAUUAUGCGUAGUGACAUCUAAUCUGCUCGUGCAAUUCUAGUGAUUUCGUUGUGGGGCACAAAUAGUUAGUUUUGAUGCCGGCAUAUGUAGUAGAGAUGAUGAGUCGAGUAAUCAAGCAUGAGCAUCCCGUCUCGUGUACUCUUAGCCUGAUUAGGUAUGUAACAUUUUAAUUUGAGAUGGUUAUAUCUGAGCCAGCCUAUCUGGUUUGUUGAGAAA